UGUUAAAGAGAGUCCCCGUCUGUCAGCCGUGUGUGUGUGAGAGAGAGAGAGAGUGUGUGUGUGUGUGUGUGUGUCUACCAGUGCGUGCGGAUGCUUUUUGUUAUAGAGAGGCGGAUAGGAAACUGAGAGCGCUACUAUUAUCUGACUUUGAAUUCCGUCUCUUUUUUUUUUUUACCUUCUCCAGGACUUUGGGGCUCUCCAGCUGAGCUCCUGGACGGCUUUUUGUGUCACAUCAAAACUGGACAGGCGGACAGGCUUGACAGACGAGUUGGACAGAGAUCUUGAAGGGGAUCUUAAAGGCCAGUGUGUUGCCGGUAUCAUCUCUGGCUUAUCUACCAGACCUGCAUUUUGGAUAAAGACCUCCUGUCAGCUGUGCUGACCGGUGACCCCGAUCUGCAGCCAGACCCCCUUUUUGGGUCACCACUGAGCUAAUAGAUGUGGUCUGGUCGGGCCUGAUGUGGAAUUUGACCCCGACUGACCCUGUCCCACAAGUAGUCUUUGACUGAGACUCAGCGGAAAGGAAGGAUAAAAGAGCAAGAGGGGCGACGGAGAAGAAAGGAGGAAGCAAAGGAGAAGUGAGAGCAGCAGCACAGCGACUGCUCGUCCAGGAUGCCGGUGGAGACCCUGCGGCCGUCAGACGGCCGUCUGGCCGGGGCUCCCUUCACCUCCUCCAUGCCCUUCAGGAUCCUUCACAAGGGGCCAGACUACUUCCGUCGCCAGGCUGAGCCCGGGGCCCGUAAACUGAGCGCUGUAGAACGCCUGGAGGCCGACAAGGCCAAGUACGUGAAGAGCCAGCAGGUGGCCCUCACCCGCCAGGCCCCCAUCAAACCACCAAUCAUCCGCAAGCCCCUCGUUCCUCCGGGGAUGAUGCUCCAGUGCCAGAUCAGCACGCCUCCAGCCCGCAAAGUUCCCCGCUGCCCAGCUGAUGUGGAGAACGGAGGAGGGAGAGAUGGACCAGGAGGAAGAAGGGGACCUGCUCUUAACUUGGAUAUUCUGAAUAAUCUUAUCAAUGAUGUAUGUGAUGGACCAAUGCCCUGUUCCCAGUCCUCUUCCUCCACCUCCCCCUCCUCCUCAUCUCCUUCAUCAGGAGCUAAGAGCAUCGGCAGCAGCCUGUCAGCGGAACAAGAGAGGAGCAACCAACUCCUCAACAACCUCAAACCUUUGAAUCACGGCACCAUCAACUCCUCGUCCACCUCCUCCUGCACUUCCUCUCCACUCAACAACAACCUCCGGAUCCCUGCAGCGGAACCCACCCGCCGCCCACCCCCUGUUCCAGCACGAGUACCCCGGAUAGGGGUUCCAGCGCCCUACAGCUCCCCCAACUCAGUGACAGUGCGCCGGGUGGACGUUCGGCCUCAGGCUGACAUUAGGAAGCCUCACAGGGCCCUACUUCAGCCGCAACUCAGGCCCAGACAGACUGCCCAGGGCCAAGUCGCACACCCCCUGGUCCCACCUCCACCUCCUCCUCCACCCACUAAGAACAAAUCCCAAGCCCACCCCCAGCUCAUGACCCCCUUGCAAACCCUGCCCUCCCCUCCAGUCUACCUCCCACCUAGUCCCAUGUUGAUCCGAGCUGGCAUGAUCCCGCCAGCCUCCCCCGCUUUCACCCGGAUAUCGAACGCCAGCUCCAAGGGCUCUGCCCGUAAGCACCCGUCCUUGCAUCGCUCCAAGUCGGAUCUGAGCGACCGGUACUCGCGCGCCACAGCCGACCUGGAGCGCUUCUUCAACUACUGUGGGCUGGACCCGGGGGAGGUGGAGGGCAUGGGUGGAGUGGAGCGUUUCACAAGAGCCAACUCAGACAUUGUGUCCAUCUCCAAGCUCCGCAGCGUAAGCACGCCCAGCUCGGAGUGCGGGGACGAGGCUGCCCAGGCAAGGGAGGACGAGGAUGCCGAUGGCGAGCCCGCCAGAGCCAACGAACGGGUCCCCUACGGCAUCUCCGUCAUCGAGAGGAACGCGCGAGUCAUCAAGUGGCUCUACGGCAUCCGUCAGGCGAGAGAUACCAACAACGCUGUCUCUAACGUAUAGACUAACAAGGACUUAAAAGUCAAACAGGGAAGCAGUACUUUUUGUAUGUAGACACACGUCUGAAGACGGGAAAGCCCAUCUGUUCGUCUUCUGCUGCCUUACAUCACAUUUAAGGAUAAUCCUAGUCCUAGUCUAGUCCUGUCGAGACAUUUUGGAAAUUACACAUCAGUAAUUGUUAUCUGGGCUGCAAGUCAGGACUGCUUCCCUGGGACGAGACGGACGAUACAUUUCCCUUUUCCUUCACUUGAUCUUGUAUGACAAUAUUGGUUUACGAAAGCAAUAAUAGACUGGUAUAAGUGAUGGUGAGGAUGAACGCAAAGGAUUUUUGCGAUUGUGGUUCCUUGUGUAAGGGUACUUUGUUUGUGCGUUUGUGUGUGCGUGCGUGAGUGUGUGUGUGUGUGUGUGUGUGUGUGUGGUGGUGUGUGUGGGUGUGGUGUGGUGUGUGUGUGUGUGUGUGUGUGUGUGUGUGUGUGUGUGUGUGUGUGUGUGUGUGUGUGUGUGUGUGUGUGUGUGUGUGUGUGUGUGUGUGUGUUGGUGUGGUGUGUGUGUGUGUGUGUGUGUGUGUGUGUGUGUGUGUGUGUGUGUGUGCGCGCGCCAGAGAGCUCCGUAGCACAAAGCCACUGCAAACUGCUGGAGACUCUGAUGCGACACAGUGCAGUGACUGUUGAGCGAGCCAGGACAAGAACCACGUUGAUACUGUGAAACUUCACAAAAAAAGCUUCCAUAAACACAUUUGUAUUUUCAAAAAUCUUUUGGCUGUAAGACUGUUAUUAUACAAAUUUCUGUCAGCAUGCGAGUGAAACAUUUGUACACAUUUUAUUCUAGGGUUUGUCAUGUCAACAAAGCAGACACUUUGCUCAUACAUAGAUUGUCACUUCACGGCACAGACGUGCAUUCAGGUCAAUUACAGUAAAUAUGGGAGCAGCUGCAGUUGAUGCUGUCUGUAUAUCUGACUGUAACAUUGUGUAGGUGUGUGAUUGCAUCAUGAAACAUGGACUCAUGUCUUGGAUUAUGCUGCACUGGUGCAGUGAGCAAAAUCUGUUUACUAUGUAUGUCUUGGCAUGGAUGAGAGAGCAAGUCAUGUGAGGGAUGAUCUCAUAAGUGGAUGGUUGAAGUAAGUGUAGCAUGAAAAAGUUAUUUUGCCUCCAGUAAGAAUGGAGAGAAAAUCUAAGGAUGGGUAAAAGGAAGACUGAAAGGAGCAUACUCGUAGAAAAAAGAAAAAUCUAUGGUGGUUCUGGAAGUGACUCAGGAAAAUGUACUUGACAUACUAACGAAAAUGGACCAAUAUUUAUUUGGAAAAAUUAAUUUAAUGUAUUUUUUAAUAUUGGACAACUUUGUGUACAGAAUUCUUUGCUCUUCAGUGCAAUCUGAUCAUAUCUCCUACAAUUACAAUAGUAUUAAAAACAUGCAAAUACAGACACCAGUUGUGAACCUUGUCAACAGGGGAACAUGUGCCCACUGCUCUGUGGGGAGCACUAAAUAAAGUGUGUGUAUUUAUUUGACUUCCUUGUGGCUGAGGAACGUAAGAGGUGAGGUCUGUCUCCCUCGUACAAGUUCUCCACCCUCUGCAUCUACGUACUUUCAUCUUUUCAGGACAUUCAGAACGAGCAUCGGCCAGGGUUUUUUCACCGUACAUGUACCUACGACAGGUAGAGGAAGAGCGGAACCGUGAAGGUGAACAGAGUGUGCUGUUGAAUCCGGCACUGGAUGCCCAAAGAGUCUUCAAGUGAGAGAUCCAAAAUUGUGUAUUCAAAACUAAAAAAAAUGAAUAAAAAAAUGUUUUAAAGUAA